CGAUAACCUAUAGCGUAAAUUAGGUGUAUGUUAAUUUAAGAAGUGGUCUUUUCGCUGUGUAUCCAGUUAGUCAGACAUUCCAGAUUCCAGCAAAUCUCCCACAUGGCUCUCUAGUUUCCCCAAUCCUCUUCAUGCUAUCCAUUGAGCCAGUCUUCAAACAAGGCUCAGUUCACUCCGAUAUGCAGCAUUCUGGCAAAACAGAGACAAUCCCUCUGCUGCUGGAUAAAGGGGCCCACAUCAACAGACAGUAUGAGAAUGAGAUUAACUUGGGGUUCAGUACCCCAUUGAGACUUGCUGUUUUCAAUGGCCACAAUGAAACAAUCUUGUUCCUCCUACAAAAGGAGGCUGAUAUCAAUGGUGGAUCCCUUCAUCCAAGCUACAUGGCCACCUGCCAUGGCUUUGCCCGGACUGUGACGCUACUUCUGGACCAGGGCGCUGAAGUCCAUCCUGUUCACUCCAGGUUCAUGGAGAGGGCGGCAGAAUAUGGAGAAGCCGAUGUUGUUCGGGUGUUCUUAGAAAGGGGUUUACAUCAGGUGCCAGGUCGCUUUGAUAAAGGGGAAUGCGCCCUGGAGACUGCCAAGUCUACUGGACACCCGCGUGUGGUAAGAGUACUUGAAGAGUUUGGGUCACUGAGUAAUGAUUUAAAUACAACUUGAUAUUAAGGGGUUUUAUAUUAUGUAUAACCUAUUAUAAUAUAAUGAAUGAUUUGGUUUCAUUAUUAGGGAGUGCAUAUGCCUC